AUGGAGGUAAUGAUGAGCCAAUUAGUUGUUAAGGACCAAACCACUCAAAAGAUACUUAACGAACAUGACCUUAUGCUUAAGAACCACCAAGCCUCUUUCCAAGACCUUCAAAGGGUCGUAGGUGAUAUGUCUAGGAAACUAGAGGAGAGAUUACCCGGUCAGUUUGCGGGUAACACCCAACCAAACCCUAACGCCCAUGCUAAAGCCAUUACCACUCGUAGUGGCAAAACCGUAGGGAACCCUAGAGUUGAGGAGAGAGUAGUUGAGAAAGAUGAGGAGAUUGUAAACGAAGAGAUCGAGAUGGAGGCUCCCGGCAAAGUGCAAUCGAGGCUAAGCCCAACAUGUACCGCACAGCCCGGUGAGUCUCAAGGUGAGAAGAAAGUAGAGAAACCACCCGUAGACGUUAGACCUUCCCCUAUCAUAGACCAUUCGCGUAUCCCGUUUCCUACACGUCUUAGGAACCAAAAGUACUCCAAGGAAUACGGGCAAUUCUUAGAUAUCUUCAAGCAAUUGAAGAUUAAUCUACCUUUCAUUGAGGCACUUGAAUUGAUGCCCAAAUACGCGAAAUUCUUAAAGGAGUUUCUUAGGAACAAGGAGAAGUUAGGGGAGUAUUCGAAUGUUCCAUUAAAUGGAGGGUGUUCCGCAGUUGUCUUAAAUAAGCUUCCGGAAAAGCUUACAGAUCCCGGUAUUUUUACUAUUCCAUGUCUAUUCGGUAGUAACACCAAUACUAGAGCCUUAGCCGACCUAGGUGCUAGCAUCAAUUUGAUGCCCUUUUCUCUCCACGAGAAGCUAGACUUAGGUGAGCUUUCACCUACCCGUAUGACAUUAUCCUUACCCGAUUGGUCCGUGAAAUACCCGAGGGGUAUAGUUGAGAAUUUGCUUGUUAAGGUCGACAAGUUUGUUUUUCUCGCCGAUUUCGUCAUUCUUGAUAUGGAAGCGGAUGAGAGAGUUCCUAUCAUACUUGGUCGUCCAUUCUUGCGUACCGCUAAAGCACUCAUAGACGUCUACGAUGGUAAGAUUACACUUAGGGUCGGUGAGUAG